CUCAUUUUCCACCAAAUCAAACAAUUUUUGCUCUUGUUGUUCUCUUGUAGAAGGAAUUGUUUGCUUUUGCAGGUGAUUUCGAGAGCUUGAGUCCAUUAGUGACUAAUAGAUCCAAGAGAUGGACAGGACGAUGUGGUUGUCGAUGAUGGGUUUGAUGUCGCUGCAAUCCCAGAGGCUACCCGUUCUUCUUGAUCGACUUUACGAGCUGUGGGAGAAGUAUCGAGGAAGUUCAAGUUCGCACGCUACAGUAGAGGUACCUGGAUACGAGGAAUCUUCCCACGAUUCCAAUGAAAUAUACCGUUCUGUGCGAACAUAUUUGAGCAGCCUUGUUGCGGCAGCAAACGCCCCCACAGUGUCCAUAGCGCGGCAGAAGCGAACAACGGAGCCGGUCUUUAACCUGCCCCCUAAUCACACGGUCAAUGACGAGUUCCAAGGAGCCCAAAUGUCGUGGGAGCACCACGUGCCCGAUGAAAAGCACGAGACAGGACGCGAAAGCAAAUAUAUCCUCAAAAUUUCCCACACAGACAGAGUGAGGGUUUUAUCAUCCUACAUCGACCACAUUUCACAGACUGCAGAAAACUUGGAAAGGCGCAGACGGGAGAGGAAGCUGUUCAGCAACGGCAAAAUAGGGGGCGGUGGAGGUUGGAGAUCGGCGUCCUUCAGGCACCCGUCCACCUUCGAAACCCUGGCCCUCCAACCCUCGCUUAAAGAGAAGAUCCUGCUGGACCUCGACAACUUCAAGAAGAGCAGAGAUUUCUACCGCAGGACGGGCCGCGCAUGGAAGCGAGGUUACCUUUUGUACGGCCCUCCUGGUACGGGCAAGUCCAGCCUCAUCGCCGCCAUCGCCAAUCACAUGAGCUACGACGUUUAUUAUCUAGAGCUCAGCAUGGUGUCCAACAAUGCCGAUCUCAGUCAGCUUCUGCUCGAAACUAAAAGCAAAUCUGUUAUCGUCAUCGAGGACAUCGACUGCGCUGCUGCCGAUUUACCCGCAAGGGACUCCUGUGAUCAGUCUCACAACGAAGGGACUGCACGUCGGAGUUCCGCCAUCACUCUUUCUGGUUUGCUUAAUUUUGCGGAUGGGCUGUGGUCCAGCUGCGGCGAAGAGAAGAUCAUGAUUUUUACGACCAAUUACAAGGACCGACUCGAUCCUGCGCUGCUCAGGAGUGGUCGAAUGGAUAUGCAUAUAUGUCUGUCUUACUGUGAAUUUGAGGCCUUUAAACAACUGGUUUGUAAUUACUUGGAGGGUCUGCAGGAGCACUUGUUAUUUCCGUCUGUAGAAGAGAAGAUGAAAUCCGGAGGGCGCCUGACUCCAGCAGACAUAUGUGAAAUUCUUUUUCAGCAUAAAUCUGAUCCUGAUUCUGCAAUUAAGGCUGUUGUUCAUGCUCUUGAAGGCGCAGUAAGUGAGACUGUAAUUGACUCUUCUCAAGGAUGAAGAUGACGAAAGAUAGUCUUAUCUGCAUUGUCGUCGUCGUCAUCAGAGGAAUAUGUAAGAGUCGUAGAAGUAGGGCUUCGUCGGCUCUUGUGAGGAUAGAGAUCCAAGCAGGAGUCUUAAGCAGUUGAGGUUUAUUUUGCUAUAAGUCUAAGAUAGUUUAGUGGAAUGUGCAAAGGUAAUGUUUUUCUGCUGGGGACUGGGGACUUAAUCAGUAUUGUAGAAGAUUUGAAAGAGUAUAAUAUGGAUUUAAAUCACGUUUUUAGUUUUCUA